AUGGACAAGGACGACAAGUAUAAGAAACUUAAAAGAAGAGUACGUCAAACCACUACAAAUGAACAUAUACUACUCGAAGCCAUUUCCAAGAAUGAAAAAGCCAACACUGCAAACGGUCAGAAACAACCUCGACUGUCGGAUUCAUUGUCAGAUACUUCUUUAUCGACAUUAUCCGACGACUCAGAUCAUGCUCCGCUACAAACCAUUCCAGUUCAUGCCAAACCCGAUCCACUAAGAGAUGGAUCGUUGAAACGACAAAGAUCCAUUUCAAAAUCAGAGCACGUAGCAAUACCAGCGCAGAAUGGUGCCUUGAUUCAAACACCAAUUCAAACCAAAAUCACCGGUUUUGGAAUGGCAUCGGAUGCAUCACAUACACCUUCAUUCAACUAUGAAUGUACGCCAGGAAACACUUCAGUAAUGUCCGAUGGUCAAUGCGCAACACCUUCAGAAACACACGUUGUACAAGGGUCGGAUGAGGCCAAGAAAAAACGAAAGCGAAACGAUGUGACUGCACGAGUACGCAAAAUACAAGAAGUUGCUGUUCACGAAGAUGGAACUCCUGUCCUACCAGCCCAGUUUGGUAUGAUCACGCUGCACUCGCUUGGAGAAAUUGUAUGGAAUCGAUCUGGAUUUCAUACCGAGCGACAUAUUUUUCCUGUUGGAUUUACAACCUCUCGUGAAUACUAUAGCAUGAUCGAUUCAGACAAAUCUGUGCGAUAUAUAUGUCAGAUUAUCGAUAAUGGUGACUGUCCCAAAUUUCAAGUCACUCCUGAUGAUGCGCCAAAUAAUAUCAUUAUUGGUGCAUCUGCCACUGGUGCUUGGAUGACUGUUAUUAAAGCCGCGAUCACAAUACGAAAUAAGGAUCACAGUAAUACAGUGUCGGGACCAGAUAUGUUUGGAUAUUCUCAGCCAACCAUCCAAAAACUGAUUCAAGAUCUCCCCAAUGCAAAUUUGUGCAAAAUGUACAAAUUCCAAAAAUUUGAGGUUUCAACUUCAAAAAGAGGGCCAAAAACAAAGUUCGAUAAUGGUAAACUAUCUGCACCAGUCUCUGGAGCUCCAACACCUGUUCCUACCAAAACCUUUCGACGAGGAUCCUCCGCAGCGGAAACUGAAUCCAGUCAAAAAAUGUCAGUAGACCAUUUUGAUUCCCAAGCAAACACUAUACAUUCGACUCAAAGCGCUGCUCUAAUGAAUCCAAAGCAAACCCAAGCUAAUUUAUUAGGUACGGAAGGACAUAUACAGAAUCCGAGUGGAGUGAACUCACAACCCCCACUGCCGGGUACAAAUCGCCCCACUUACGAUCCAUCGAUACAGGACUGGGGAUGGCUAUCUGAAAAUUCUCAAUCUAUUGUAUAA